AGCAUGAGUUCAGAAGUUAACAAUCCAGAUCCUGAUCUCAUAAACUGCCCCAAUACCUCAGAAAGUACCAGAGAGGACAUGGAUCCUGAAGACCUUUGCACGACUCAAUCUUCUAUCUUGUACCUAAUUCAGGAAGCCACCAAACUUGUUGCACCACCAAAACAGCACAGUCUGGACGUGGAAAAACUCCAUGAUGGCACCAGAGAGACAAUCGUUUCACACGACUCGACUAGCUUUGAGGACAAAUUUCAUAAAGUAAGAACUGUCAAAACACAGCCUAGCUUUACAGGAGCCUUCUCAAUGUUGAGCAGUAGUCCAUGGGAGGUCAUGAGUCUCAUAAAUCUCCAGUGUGAGAGACUGCUGCACUCUGGUGGAACACAUGAAGAGGAAGAAGACUUGCAAACCCACAAAACUAAAAUGGACACUAAACCUGAAGAUGGAGAUUUUGUACAAGAAUGCUCCUCAUUUCCUUCAGUUGUUUCCUCUUCUCCUGUGUCCGUGAGAGCUGAUGCAAUGGAAUAUGCCAUGGAGUCUGAUGUUUGUUCUCUUUCACACAUCAUUGAUCCAUCUGAUCACCAGUCAAUUGAGAGCACCAGUGAAAACGGUGAAAGUGUGGCAGUCGAAGUUGUAGAUGAUCUCACAGAACUCAUUUUCAAGACCACAGAGGAUAGUUUACUUUCCAGCAGAGUAAUGAGUGACGAAAGGACUGACCACUGUUCCCUGGAAGAAACAUCAAUGUUACCCCUUGACUUGACAAAAAAAGUGGAAGUUUGUGAACACGCCAUAGAGAACGGUGAGGGUGUGAAUGAAAUGGCGAGUCUUUCGUCCAUAUCUGAUGUUGCACAAAGUCCUGAAAUAAGCUCUGUUGACUUUACAUCGUCUCUGGUUGUGGAAAAAUAUGAAGGUUCAUGCUUUUCUUUCAAUGAGGGUGAAAAUGCAGAGUGUAAAUGGACACCCAUUUCAGAAAUGCCCCCACCGAGAACAGAUUUAAACAAUAACCUGGAAGAUGAGGCACUCCAGGAGGCAGAAAAGACUCGUACAGUGAUCUCUGCCCAGUCCAGUAAGCUGUGCAGGCGUGGCAGGAGAAGCAGAAGCUGUAGGUCCAGAUCACUGCAGAGUUCCCAGCGAACCAGCAGCUCCGAAGAGGAGAGUGACUCCUCCAGCCUGUACAAGAAGAUUUGUGCAUCAUGUUGCACAAGGAAGACUCCUUUAUGGCGAGACGCGGAAGAUGGUACUCCACUCUGCAAUGCCUGUGGGAUCAGGUAUAAGAAGUACCGCGUGCGCUGUCUGCAAUGUUGGAACAUCCCACGGAAGGAGGCCAGCUCCAACUCCAAGUGUUUGAAGUGUGGAGAUCUCCUCCAACUUGCCCCGCAAAGCAAACGAGCCGGAUGAUUGGACGGACCUGGGUUUUCUAGAACGUCCUGCUCAUCGGUGGCCAGUUUUCACUUUGAACUUCUGUUUGGUUAUUUAUGAAUAUAACUAUAAAGCAAAUGUGUGCACUAGUCUAUAAAGUAUUUUUCAGCUUUACAUCUAUAUGAAAGUU